UUUCUGCGCUUUUGAGUUUGAGCGCACGAGAGGGGAAUACCAAACUUCACAACUAUGGCAGCUGUGGCUGUGCUUCGGAACGAGACCCUCCAGGCUUUCCUCCAGGACCGCACUCCAAACUCUUCCCCGGAGAACACUAAGCACUCUCCCCUGGCUUUGCUGGCGGCCACAUGCAACCGUAUUGGGCAUCACCAUCCGGGCUCCACGGCCCCUGACUUCCUCCAGGUGCCCGGCUAUGACACGACCCUCGGAUCCCCCUCUCGCCUCUUCCACCCGUGGAGUACCGAGGGGAAUCCCCAGAGCUCUCUGUCGAGCAGCAAUUCCUCCUUUGGACUAUCGGCUAAAUCACAGCUGUCCCACCUAACGGGCACUUACGCAUCCCACCACCACGAACUGCCGCUCACCCCGCCCGCGGACCCCACCUAUCCUUAUGACUUCUCCCCGGUGAAGAUGCUGCCGUGUUCCAUGCAGUCCCUGCAGUCCACCUGCACGCCGACAUACGUACCCGCCGUGACUUACGCAGCGCCCACCCCCGUGCCCCCAGCUGCGAUGCAAGGCUUUGUCACGGGCCACCACACCGGCCUGGUACAUCAUCCCCAGCAGCAGAGACAGUUGUCGCCGAACCCGGGAGAGGACAUCCCGUGGUGGAGCUUACAGCAGACCAACUCCAUUACGCACACAGUAUCCUCUCUCGCACCGCACCGCUUUAACCCCCUGCAGCGCAGCCUGGUGCUGGGACACUCGGACUUUGCGCAGUACCAGACCCAAAUUGCCGCCCUCCUGCACACGAAGUCGCCCCUGGCCACAGCCCGGCGGUGCCGGAGGUGUCGCUGUCCAAACUGUCAGUCGUCCAACAACUCCAACGAUGAGCCGGGGAAGAAGAAACAGCACAUCUGCCACAUUCCGGGCUGUGGGAAAGUUUAUGGCAAGACGUCGCACCUGAAAGCGCACCUGCGCUGGCAUUCGGGAGAGAGGCCGUUUGUGUGUAACUGGCUGUUCUGUGGCAAGAGCUUCACGCGCUCCGACGAGCUGCAGAGGCACUUGCGGACUCACACGGGGGAGAAGCGGUUCGUAUGCCCGGACUGUUGCAAAAGGUUCAUGCGCAGUGACCACUUGGCCAAACACGUGAAAACGCACCAAAACAAAAAGAUCAAGCCCCACGACAACAAGACUCUGGAACACCAUGUCAAACGAGAGGACACGAGACACAUGUAGGAACUUCAUUAGUGACAAAGCUGUGCCAAGCACAAUUGACUUAUCACUCGUUCCAGUUGGACUUGGUGCAAAUUUGCUCAUGUUGAUGGAGGUGUGCUAUGAGGAACCAUUUGAACAAAUCAGGCGCUUACAUCCCAAAAAGCUACAAACCUGGCCCUUACCAUCCCCGGUUUUGGUUUCCUUUUGCUGAAACAUUUGGCCUUCAAAAGGAUUUCAGUUACUGCCGAGAUUUUCAAUUUUGUAUGUACAUAGGAAAUUGUUCGUCUAAAUCAUGACCUCUGGUUGGGACUCUUUGUGAGCCCACACAUAUAUAAAAAAAAUAUUUUAAAAAUGUGAAACAAGCUUUCAGCUUGUUCGUGACCAGAACCUUGUCUCCGGUGGAAGACCCCCGUUUGUGUAAAUAUGAUUUUAAUGGCUUUUGUUGAAUGAAAGUGUGUGUUCCUUUACUCCAUGAUGGGGUGCUUUAAGCAUGCGAUAAUACAAAUAUCCCUAUUGUUGAAAUGGCCCAAACAAGAACAACCUGUGUGUAAAAAAAAGAAUAAAGAGUCUAAC